AUGAACGGCACAGAGGGACCAUAUUUCUACGUCCCUAUGGUGAACACCACCGGGAUUGUCCGGAGUCCUUAUGAUUACCCUCAGUACUACCUUGUCAACCCAGCAGCCUAUGCUGCCCUGGGUGCCUACAUGUUUUUUCUCAUCCUCGCUGGCUUCCCCAUCAACUUUCUCACUCUGUACGUCACCAUCGAACACAAGAAGCUGCGGACCCCUCUAAACUACAUCCUGCUGAACCUUGCGGUGGCUAACCUCUUCAUGGUGUUUGGAGGAUUCACCACAACGAUGUACACCUCAAUGCAUGGCUACUUCGUCCUAGGACGCCUUGGCUGCAAUUUGGAAGGAUUCUUUGCUACCCUCGGCGGUGAGAUAGCCCUCUGGUCACUGGUUGUUCUGGCUGUUGAAAGGUGGAUGGUCGUCUGCAAGCCCAUCAGCAACUUCCGCUUCGGGGAGAAUCACGCCAUCAUGGGUUUGAGCCUCACCUGGUUGAUGGCCUUAGCUUGUUCUGUACCCCCUCUUGUCGGCUGGUCUCGUUACAUUCCUGAGGGCAUGCAGUGCUCAUGUGGAGUCGACUACUACACACGUGCAGAGGGCUUCAAUAACGAGUCCUUUGUUAUCUACAUGUUCUGCUGCCACUUCAUGAUUCCACUGACUGUCAUUUUCUUCUGCUACGGCCGUCUGCUCUGUGCUGUCAAGGAGGCUGCUGCUGCCCAGCAGGAGUCUGAGACCACCCAGAGGGCUGAGAGGGAAGUCACCCGCAUGGUCGUUAUCAUGGUUAUCGCCUUCCUGGUGUGUUGGUUACCCUAUGCAGGUGUGGCUUGGUUUAUCUUCACACAUCAAGGCUCUGAGUUCGGACCAGUCUUCAUGACCAUCCCUGCCUUCUUUGCCAAGAGCUCUGCCAUCUACAACCCAAUGAUCUACAUCUGCAUGAACAAGCAGUUCCGCCACUGCAUGAUCACCACCUUGUGCUGCGGGAAGAAUCCCUUUGAGGAGGAGGAGGGAGCAUCCUCUACUAAGACCGAGGCCUCCUCUGUCUCCUCCAGCUCUGUCUCUCCUGCAUAA